AUGGCGGAGGUGCUCAACAGAACCGGCGACCGGAGCAAGAGCCGGGGCAGCCUGAACAGCACAAUGAACGUGUCGAGGCGCUCUGGAGCGGGUGCAUCUGCGGGAGGAACUGAGACGCGUCUCAUGAGCCGUGGCGGGGGUUCGCGCGCCUCGAGCUCUCGCGGCAGCCGCCCCCAGAGCGCGGGCGGCAACGCCGCGGCCAUGCACGCCGCGCGCAAGCCCGGCGCCCCAGCCACGUACAAAGUCAGUAAGUCACAGGAGGCCCGAAUGCGCGUCGAGGAGAAGCGCCAGGUCACGGAGGCGCAGUUCUGGGGCCGAGAAUCCGUCGGAGGGCCGGCGGUCGACAUUCCGGCGUUCUGGUCGACGGAGGCCUUCGGGCAGCCGUGCAACGACGUCCGCCUCACGAUCGGGUCCGGCGCGCGAUGGAAGGUCGACGGUGCUGGCCCGACGCUCAAGCUGCCGCGCCCGAAGAUGGCGGGGCCGGCCACGGAGCAGCUCGAGAGCAUGCGCGCGAGCCUCCGCAAGGGCGAGCACUUCCUCACGGGCCAGCGCAUGAGCAGCGACGAGCGCGAACAGAUCAUCUUGGCUCUCCCGCCGCACCACCGCAUCCACGCGCUGUGCAAGUGCCAGGACCGCGACACGUCGAGCCCGGACUUCAUCCCCUGGACGCAGGAGAUCGAUCCGAUCCUCGACGGUACGGAGUGGUUCAAGGACCGCGAGCGCACGAUCCGGCUCGCGGUGCAGCGGCUGGAGCAGAUGAUGCUCGCGCACGUGGGCUUUGAGACGGAGGCGCGCUGCAAGGCGGCCCGCGCGCCGUUCACGAACGCCAAGGACCUCCUCACGCGGCAGUUCAUCAUCGUCGACCCGCACAACACGGGCCGCAUCUCCGUCCAGCAGUUCCUCCAGGUCUGGCAGAACAACCUCCGCCUGCGCGAGUACGAGGAGCGGUGGGAGCAGAACCCCGUGACCAAGCGGUCGUCGCGGACGCUCAUCCCCGGGCGCCGCCUCAUCCUCUCGCGCGGCGCCGCGGCCGCGCUGUUCGUCAAGUACGGCUUCGACAAGGACGGCCUGUUGCCGUACAAGGUCUUUGUCAACGCCAUCUGCUCGACGCCGGCGCGGCUGCUGGGGUUCGAGACGGUGCUCGACAACGCCGCGCUCGGGCACAACGGGCUGAAGAACGAGGCGGACGUCGCGCUCGCGAUGCAGGGCGCGAAGAUCCUCUACCCGAAGUCGCGCACGGGGGUGUUCCCGCCGAGCGGGUUCGAGACGGACGAGGCGUUCCGGUCGCAGAAGGCCCCGCGCGCGACGAUGUUCCUCGAGCACGCGUACGGGUACGCCGGCCGGAAGGCGCUGGCGUCGAAUUUGUGGUAUAACGACAGGGGGGAGUUGGUGUACUACGUGGCGGGCGUGGGGGUGGUGUUCAACAAGGAGGAGCACCUCGCGGGGCGGCCGUCGCAGCGGUUCUUCUUCGGCCACGACAACGACAUCGAGUGCCUGACCAUCCACCCGAACCGGAGGUUCGCGGCGUCGGGGCAGCAGCUCAAGGCCGGGGGGCGGCCGUACGUCGCGGUGUGGGACACGCACACGAUGUGCCAGAUCCAGCGCAUCGACCACGACAAGGAGUGCCGCUCGGUGAUCGGCGUGGCCUUCUCGGGCGACCGCAGCACGAGCUGGAGCGCGGCCAAGGACAAGCGCGGCGACGGGAGCAUCCUGGUGACGAUCACGGGCGACAACAAGCACACGGUGUGGGUGUGGCGCUGGAUGACGCACGACAACGCGCUGUUCAAGGCUUCUUACAUCCCCGGGUGGUGCUGGGGCCCGGAGAAGAAGUGGGGGGAGCUCGAGGCCACGGGGGUGUAUUUCCGCGGCGACAACGAGUCCGACGACGAGGAGGACCUCGAGGCCGUCAAGGAGGUGCCGGAGGACCACCCCGGCAUGCGCGUCCUGGAGAACGCGCGCCGCAAGGACGUGCCGAAGCUGGCGAUGCGCGGGUUCGGCGGGAGCGCGAUGCGGCCGAACACGGUGCAGAGCGGCGACGGCUCGUUCGAGCUGAUGACCGAGGGCAUGCCGUCGUACAACGGGACUCCCCCGCAGGUGUUUGGAGUGGCGUGGAACCCCUUCCGGCGGCAGCGCGGCGGGCCCGGGAGCGAGUUCUGCACGUACGGCACGAAGCACCUGAAGACGUGGUACAUGGACGAGGACACGCGGGAGUGGAUCACGACGAACGCGCAGUACAACAACAACGCCGUGCACGACAUCAAGGCGGUCGAGUGGGUGCCCGCGCGGCACCAGCGGCGCGCCCCGGGGGACUCUUGCAUCGUCACGGGCUUCCCGGACGGCUCGAUGGGCGUGUGGGUGCCGCCGUUCCCCACGCGGGCUGGCGCGGUGUACCUGCUGGUGACGGUGGUGCGCAACGCGCACGGGCCGGGUCCGAAGAUCGGGACGUCCGCGGACGGCAACGCGAUCUACAGCGGCAUCGCGGCGCUGAAGCUCCGCGCGGACAACAGCACGCUGCUGUCCGGCGGCGGCGACGGGCGCGUGCGGUCGUGGAUGCUGGCGCCGCCGCGCGGGGACCCCGAGCGUGCGCGCGGCGUGUCGCUGCGCGCGCUCGGCGAGGGCGAGAAGCGCGGGCCGCACGACUUCGACCUCACGGACGACUUCGAGAGCAACGAGGGCGCGCCGAUCAUCAAGUCCCUGGACACCAUGCAAGACAUGGGCGAUGUGUUCAUCGCGGGGACGGCGCAGGAGGACAUCUGGGAGGUGGACGACUCGCCGCAGGUGCUCAUCGACGGCCACAUGGACGACAUCAACAAGGUCGCGUGCCACCCGAAGGACGCCGACGUGUUUGCCACGUGCGACAUCACGGGGCGCGUCUACCUGUGGAACGCGCGGGGCCGCGUGCUGCUGCGGUCCGCGACGAUGCAGAUGCAGUGCAUCGCGAUCGAUUUCAGCAAGGAGCCCGUCGCGCGGGACCGCAAGCUCUACCCGCAGUGGCAGCAGCCCGCGGGAGAGAAGGGGGCCGCCGGCGGGUACCACCUCGCGAUCGGGGGCGCCAAGGGGCGCCUGAUCGUCCUGGACGCCGUCACGCUACAGCCGAUCAUCUACCACAGGCGCUUCCAGAAGGAGAUCCGCGAGGUGCGGUACUCUCCCGCGGGCUGCGGGACGCGCUUCCUCGCCGCCGCGGGCCUCGACCUCGUCGUGCACAUCUUCAACGUCGACAAGGGCUACCAGUUCGUGAGCAAGUGCGUGGGGCACGCGGCGUCCAUCGAGUUCCUCGACUGGUCGCUGCCGCUCACCGAGGGCCCGGAGUACCUGCGCAAGCAGUGCAUCCUCAUGUCGCAGUGCAGCGCCACGGAGGUGUUGUAUUUCGACCCGCGGACGGGGAAGAAGGUCCCCGAGAACCAGCGCGACCUGCUGAUGGCGACGUGGACGGGGCCCUUCGGGUUCCCCGUCAUGGGGAUCUGGCCGGACGGGUCGGACCGGACCGACGUCAACGCCGUGUGCCGCAGCGCGCGCGGGGCCGCGACGUGGGACGAGGAGCGCGACCUCCCGCGCGUCCCCGAGAAGGACGUGUGCCCGGAGAACGUCCGCGGCGCGGGGUACCUCGUCACGGGCGACGACUACUCGACGGUGCGGCUUUUCAACUACCCGUGCGUGUGGGACGACGCGCCGUGCCGGGAGUUCAUGGGCCACUCGUCGCACGUCUCCGACAUCCGCUUCUCGCACGACGACCGCCGCGUGUUCUCCGUCGGCGGCAACGACCAGGCCGUGCUGCAGUGGCGGACCAUUGGCGUCAACGUCGACGACCGCGAGUACGACCAGAAGAUUCUCGAUGCCGUCGGGGCGGAGCACCGCCUCGCGGAGAACCACUGCCCGCUGUUCGACCAGGCCGUGUGGGAGAACAGCGAGAACCCGCAGGCCGCCGCGAUCCUGCGCGGGGCCUCGGAGGAGAAGGCCGCGCCGCCAGCGCCGACGCUGCACGACGUGCGCGAGGAGACGAUCGAGGAGGGCGAGGAGCGCGCGGACGAGGCGGAGCGGAAGCUGCCGGAGCCCUGGACGGCGGAGGAGGUCGAGGACGCCGCGGAGGGACCCCCCCGGGAGAGUGUGGAGGAGGUGAGCGAGGGAGGGGGGGAGUUGGAGCCUGUGCCGGACUCGGUGUGGCCGCGGAGCCAGGAGGUGGCGGAGAUCAAGGAGGAGAGCGUCGAGGACGAGGCGGAGCCCGUCGCGGAGGGGUCGUGGCCGGCUGUGGGCGCGGAGGUGCACCACGACGACGACAACUACGUGCCGCAGGAGGAGCACGGGCGGUACAGCGCGAUGGACUCGCGGGGCUUCGUGAGCGAGGAGUUGGAGGAGAAGGGGGGGGGGUUUGACGUUGAAGAGGAUGACAUUGAUGCGACGGCGCCGCGGCAGGUGGGCGCGGGGGCGACGCAGUUCGUGUAG